UCGAUGCUACAAGAAAAUCGUUUUCUAACAGUCUAACGUACUAAUAAUAUUCUCAAGCCCUAAUUUCUCCAUCUGCAAAUCUCCAGCCACAAGUUUGCAAUUGCUUAAUCUAUCCAUCAAUAACUGCUGUUCAAUUAGGGUUUAAUCCGUAUGCAUCCUCAUUUUCGUAUAAAUGCUCGCUUUAAUUGUUCUGGUCGUGGUUGCGCCGGUGAUCGUGCUCGUUCUCCGCCGUAAGUGGCGGCAAGCGGUGGCGAGAAGUGAAGAGGUUCAGAGGCUUUUGGUUUCGGUGUCAGAGGAGUCCGCUAGGGUUGAGUUUGAGGCUAGAGAAGAGUAUUAUUAUACCGUAACUGCCACCGCCGCAGCAGCCGCUGGUAUACCUUCGGCUAGGGUUCCGGUUUCUACUCCGGCUGCGGUUCCGGCUUACGGUUCGGUGCCGUUUGGUUCACCGUUGAAGUUACCGUAUCAGUGUGCUGUGUGUUUUAGUCCUACUACUACGCGUUGUGCUAAGUGUAAAGCUGUUCGUUACUGCUCUGGAAAAUGUCAAAUUCUUCAUUGGAGACAAGGUCACAAAGCUGAGUGUCGUCCUUAUGUUGCUGCAAGUCCAAUAAACAACUUGGGAGACCACUCUAAUCGUCAAGGGGAUCGUAAAGACUCCAAUGAUAGUCUUGAUACCGAAGCUAAGCAAACUGCUACACCAACUACGUUUAAAGAUGAUAAAACCGUGGGAGACCACUCUAAUCGUCAAGGGGAUCGUAAAGACCCCAAUGAUAGUCUUGAUACCGAAGCUAAGCAAACUGCUACACUAACUACGUUUAAAGAUGAUAAAACCGUUGGUGGAUUGUCUUCUUCUAAACCCGGGAAGUCAAAUGAUGUUUUUAGUAACACGAGCACGACUCCCGAUAUUUCUAAAUCUGGGGAAGUAGUUUCAAGCUCAACCAGCAGACAUAUAUCUCACAGUACAAAGCCUGUGAAGGUGGAUACUGAAAUCAAAAGGGUCACUACCUGUUCGUCCCAGUUGACUAAAAAUUCCCGAAGUGUUCGAAGUGGAUCAAAGUCAUCAAAACUUAAAGUUGUUGACCACCUAAAGCCCACUAAGUGGUCUCGUCAGGAGUCAUUAGAGGGAGGGUGUGACAUAAGUCACAGAUACAGUUUUAAGGGUCUUUUCCCAUAUGAAAUGUUUGUAAAGCUAUACCAAUGGAAACAGUUUGAAUUGCAGCCUUUUGGCCUAAACAAUUGUGGAAACAGUUGUUAUGCUAAUGCUGUGCUCCAAUGUUUGGUAUACACUCCACCGCUGACUGCUUAUCUUCUUGAAGGGCUUCAUUCCAAAGCAUGUGAUAAGAGAGAACGGUGUUUCACAUGUGAACUUGAAGGCCUUGUUAUGAAGGCAAAGGACGGGAACUCUCCACUGUCUCCUGUUCGCAUACUUGCCCACAUUGAAAACAUUGGAAGCAAUCUUGGCCACGGGAAAGAAGAAGAUGCCCAUGAAUUUCUAAGGUAUGUUAUUGAUGCUUUGCAAUCAGCUUGCAUUAAGGAAGCCAAAAGAAAUUUGAACUCGUUCGAAGAAGAAACAACUCUCAUUGGACUCACUUUUGGGGGUUACCUACGAUCAAAGAUAAUAUGCAUGAAGUGUGGAGGCAAAUCGGAGCUGCAUGAGAGGAUGAUGGAUCUCACUGUUGAGAUAGAAGGUGAUAUAAGAACAUUAGAAGAUGCUUUGGAUAAAUUCACAUGUACCGAGAUUCUGGAUGGUGAAAACAAGUACAAAUGCAGCAGGUGCAAAUCCUAUGAGAAAGCCAAAAAGAAACUGACAUUACUCGAGGCUCCUAACGUGCUUACUAUUGCAUUGAAACGUUUUCAGUCUGGUAAAUUUGGAAAGCUCAACAAACCAGUUCACUUUCCCGAUAUUUUGGACAUGGCUCCGUAUGUCAGUGGGACAAGUGAUAAAUCCCCAAUAUACAGGCUUUAUGGAGUGGUGGUUCAUGUAGAUACGAUGAAUGCUGCAUUUUCUGGGCAUUAUGUUUGCUACGUUAAGAAUCUUCAGAAUCGAUGGUUCAUGUUUGAUGACAGCAUGGUUAAUGAAGUGGAUCUUCAACAUGUGCUGACAAAAGGAGCAUACAUGCUUCUAUAUGCAAGGUGCUCCCCACGUGCACCACGGUCAAUCCGCAGCUCAUUAAUCAACCACCAUGAUUCAAGAAAAGACGAUAUACCACCCUUAUCUGUAUCAAGACCUCGCACCACCGAACCUUGGGAUGCGUGUAAUUAUCACCCGCAGCAAGUCCACCACCGGAGUCUGGAGGAGGAAUCAUCUUCAAGCGACAACUCUGGAUUUUUCUCGGAGUCGUGUUCUUGCAGCACCGAGAGCACUCACAGAGACUCAAGCAGCAUCGAAGAUAACAUAUCUGGAGAUUGGGCACAAGAAUACCAUAAAACAAUCAACUUGAAUUCAUCAGAUUCCGACACCUCGUCAACCUCCUCCUCCCCCCCCUUACCCUUGUAUUCUAGGCGUUCUCACUUGUACGCUUCGACUACAAAUUGUGGGUCUCGGGUUGAGGCUGAUCGCAAGUCAAGUAACGUAUGUAGAAACUUAGAUUGUAGUUGUAAUUGUUGUAGUAGGGUAACUAAUUUGGAUAAAUUAGGCGGGUCGGGUACUUACCGAGGCGUAACCUCUCGAAGAUCAGCGACUCGGAGGAAUAACGAACUAAAAUAUUAAUAAAAAAAAACCAAACCCCUUUUGUUUAAGAAAGGGCUUAGUAAAAAUAGGGAAGGGAAUAAGGGUUGGGGGCAGGUGUAUUGUAGUUUAAAAAAAGUAUUGUUGUAAUGCGCCUUCAACAUUUUGUCACUCUCUUCCCCUUUUAAUUUAAUGUAUACAAGUGUUCCUUUCAUUGUCU